ACACUUCGAGUGAGACUAACACAUCAAGAAAUUGAAUUGAAAAUAAAAGAAUCUUGUGAAAUACAAAGUGUGCGCUAAUUCGAAAACGCAAAGAAGUCGCGACAAGUGUUUGCCAUGUUUGAGCAGAACAAGUUUCUAGAGCAAGAAUUGCUGAAUAGCGCGAGGAACUCAAAGCUAGCCAGUUAAUCAAAUUGUAAAUACCCAGGAUAUCAACAUUAAAUAGAGUGUCUGUUAAAAGUAGUAUCACAGUUGAAAUCAAGUUAGAUAAGCAUAAAAAUGUGCUAUAUAAAUUUCUAUAUAGCACUCUUGUGGCUGUUUCUGUCCCAGCUCGAGGGCAAAAUGCUGCCCCUCCUGCUAGAAUUGGGAGUGCAGAAAACCUGUCGGUUGAAUGAGACGGGCAACUGUAAUGACGCCAUCAAUCUAGAACAUCUGCAGCAGCUGCAGCAAUACAUGCAACCCGACGUGGAUCCCUGCCAGGACUUCCACGGCUAUGCCUGUGGAAAUUGGCGUGCACUACACGGCAAUGAGGAGCAUUCGGCCAUGAGUCUGAGUGGUCGUCGCAUCAACGAACGCUACGUACAGCUUUUUGACCGGCUGGCACGCGAUAAGCUGGCGCAGCAGCCUCUACUGCCCGUCUAUGAGAAGCUGCUGCACUACUACGAGACCUGCAAGAACAGCGAACUGCACGACAAGCUGAAGCUGCAGGGCUAUUUGGAGCAGCUGCCGGAGAUGGCUCACCUGCAUUGGCUGGAAUUACUAGCGUUGCUCGGUCGCUAUGGCUAUGGCGAACAUUUUGUGCGUAUUGCGGUCAGUCAGCACAAUACCACGCAGCAUAAUGUGGUGAUUGUGCCGCAUAAGACGUACACAUCUCUGAAUCUGACAGAGCAACUGUUUGAGGCACUCCAGCACUACAUGAUACCCACGAGACUGAAUCUAACCACGCUGCGCUCGGAGUUUGGCAAGCUGGAGGCGGAUCUCGCUCUAAUUGUAACUCAGAAUACGCAGCAAACGGACGAUGAGACCCUCAGUUAUUACACAGUGGAGCAGCUGGUGAGAGGGUGCGGAGAGCUGAACUGGCAGCGAGCCUUCAGCAUACAGUUUGGACAAGCACUGGCACCCCAGCAUUUACUGCUGGUGGACGAACUGCCAGCAAUAAAAAAACUGGCGCAGUAUUUAAACCACGCUGAUCCCACAUUGCUUCGACUUUAUUCGCUGGCGCGUUUUCUGCAUUAUCUGCUGCAGCGUCCGCACAAUCCGCUCGCCAAGGCUCACGGCGCCAAUCCCUACAACUGUGUGCGACACAUGCGAAAGACACUCUAUCUGGCCAUGAACUAUGCUUACGAACAGUUCUACUAUGCCCCCCAGCGGGCGGCAGAUGAGAGGAUCCUCCACGCGGUAUUUGCUGAGCUCAAAGCCCAAUUUGCACUCACGCUGAAAGCCAAUGAGAUGCGAAUUAUGCCGGAUAUAUUGCAGGCCAUGCUCGGGAAGCUGGAGGGAGUGCGCCUCAAUGUGGGUAACAUGCCGCUGAAUGCCAGCCUUCAGUUCUUUGCCGAGUGCGUUGAGCAUUUGCAUGUGGGCGAAAACUUCUAUGAGAAUCACCUGGAAAGCCUGCUACACUAUUUUGCCCAUCUGUCGGAGCUGGAGCGCGAGGGCGAUCGUGAGGGGCUGUGGUACAGCUUCAAUCACCAUGGGCCCGAUCUAUUGGACAAUAUAGAUGCCACGCCCUAUUUCUACUGUCUGGGCAGUAUUAUCAUUAUACCCUACGCUUACUUGCAGCUGCCCUUCUACGAUGCACAGUUCUGGCCCGCCCUGCUCUACGGCGAUUUGGCCAACACUCUCGGCCACGAAUUGCUGCACUCCUUCGAUACAUAUUUCGUGGACUACGACGAACAUGGAAAUAUGCGCGAUUAUAGCAGUAAUCUGCUGCGAAACGAUCGUUAUGUGUCAAAUGUAAACUGUCUGAACGACAGCUCUGUGCCCGUGCUGAACGAGCGGACGUCUGAUAUUAGUGGAACGCGUCUAGCCUUGGCCACCUAUAUGACGGACCCAGAGUUUAGACGCGCCAAUGGCAAGUUGUACUUUCUGCAAUUUGCACAGUUUUUUUGUGGCAACGACAGCGAUAUGUAUCAUGAUGCGGGCAGCAAACGCUUGAACUAUACGCUCGCACAGAUGCCAGAAUUUGCCGAGGUUUUCGGCUGUGCGGCGGGCACGCCCAUGAAUCCGCCGCAACGCUGCCGCUUCUGGUAGCAGCCUAGUACUUAAUAAUAUAUGUAUAUAUGUAUGUAGGCGUGUAAAUGUUUAAAAGUAGCUUUAACUUUGUAGUUAG